CACUCCCUGGCCUCAGUGUCCUGUGUCUUUGAAGGAGACGGUGGACAGUGUAGGUCUGCAGGGACAGCAGCUGUUCAGGUCCGGGGCUAAAGAUAACCCAGGCUAAAGAUAACCCGGGUUAAUGAGCUGGUUCAACAUGAGGUGUGCUUCUCCCUCAGGGGUCGGAGCUGUGACCUGGUCCCCACUGGCCUGUGGCCUGCUGACGGGGAAAUACAACCAGGGAGUCCCGGAGACAUCCAGAGCUGCCAUGAAGGGCUAUGAUUGGCUGAAGGAGCGUCUCUGCAGUGAUGAGGGGAAGAAGCAGCUGAGUAAGAUCAGAGAGCUCCACCUGCUGGCCGACAGACUCAACUGCACCGCUGCUCAGCUCGCUAUCGCGUGGUGUCUCCGUUCUGAAGGAGUCAGUUCGGUUCUUCUCGGAGUCUCGAACACGGAGCAGCUGCUGGAGAACCUCGGCUCCAUCACUGUGCUGUCUCAGCUGACUCCGCCCCUCGUUGCUGAGAUGGACGCGUUGCUCGGCAACAAGCCGCGAAGCGGCAAGGAGGCGGCGAAGCGCUGAAGACUUUCAACAAAACUUUAUUUAUGAUUCAGGGACGUUCUCAUCGCCAUGGAGACAGAGAGACUGUAACCAU